AAAAUUCAAAAUCGGAAGCUGAAAGGAAAAGAAAAAUAAUAGAAAAAUCGAGACAACCUUAGAAUCGUCACGACUUCAAUAUGCGAGAUUGGACCUUCCUGGAAAUCUCUUUUGCUCAAUUAUUUUUUAAUCUAUACUUCAAGUUAAAGAAUAAAUAUUGUCGAGAAGAAAGCAAGAUUUUGAUGAUUGCGGUGAUUUGUUGGGUUCAUCUUUCUUUAUAGAAAUUAAAAGAACCUGCAAAAGGGUUAUUGUUAAUUUUCUUUGAAUUUUGUUAAUCUAGUGUAGGUUUAGUAUUGACAAAUGAAUGUUGUUGGAAAAGUUGGGAGUUUAAUUUCACAAGGUGUGUAUUCUGUUGCUACUCCUUUCCAUCCUUUUGGUGGGGCUGUUGAUGUGAUUGUUGUUCAGCAACAAGAUGGGAGUUUCCGAAGCACACCUUGGUAUGUUCGGUUUGGGAAGUUUCAGGGUGUUUUGAAAGGGGCUGAGAAGGUUGUUCAUAUAACUGUUAAUGGCGUUGAAGCAGAUUUUCAUAUGUUUCUUGAUAACUCUGGGGAAGCAUAUUUUGCAAGGGAGGUUAAUCCUUGUAAAGGAAUUAAGACAAAUGGUGAUUUGAAAGAUUCUGAUAGUGAAGUUUUACAGGGUGAAGGUAAUACAAAGAUUGGUGAAUUUUAUAGACUUGAACAUAGUGUCUCAGAUUCUGCAGUGCUUCAGUUGAGGAACGAACUUGAUUCCAGAAAUCCGAAACGGUUUGAAAGGGCAGAAUCUGAUACUAGGUACUAUGACUUUCAGGAUGAGCAGUCCUCAAUGGAGGGUUCAAUUAAUUUGUCAGAAUAUGGGUCUGGCAGAUAUGAGGGUUUAAAUGGCGAGUGUUUUGGUGAAGCACAGGGUUCAGAUUCAGAAGUAGUCUUGGUCAGUGUGGAUGGCCGCAUACUUACAGCCCCUGUCUCAGCAUCAGAGCAGAGUGCUGAAAAUGUGCAACUAAGCACACCUCAGUUCCAUCUAGGACCAGGUGAAGAACCUGAUUUUUGUGAGGAUAAUGAGGAGUUCAGUUCAGGUGACAAUGUGUGGGCUGCUAAUUAUAUUAGUAAGCUCAAUUCAUCUGCAGCUGAGGAUUCCGCUGAUAAUAUCCGCGGAUUGAAUAGUGAUUCUACUGCUUUGUACCAUCCAGAAGUUUGUGAAAAUGGGGUGGAACAUGCCUGUCAGACUGAAGAAACAACAAACCUUUCUAACCAUGUCCAUGAAAGUGAAGUGAAUAGGCUGAGUGACGUUGAAGAUGCAUCCAUGCGUAAUAAGGAUGGUAUUUUUAAGAGCUGCCUUGAACUAACUGAAUUGGGCAGGCACGGGGAAGACUUUAAUUCUGAAGACAUAGUUAGCCCAUCAGAAGCUCAGAUUUCACAGGAUAAACCUCCUCGCAGCCUUCCAGAUGAUGAUGAAACUGAAGAGGGAGCUGUUGGUGACUCUAGAAAUAAAGAUGUGUUGUCUUCCUUUUGUAGUCCUAAUUCCUCCAAAAAUAAUGGAUCACCUGAGUUUCUAGUUGAAGGUGAGCCAAUUGAAAAAGAAGUGCUGGAUACAGAUCAUACAGGUUCUAGCAAUGCGUCUGUUGAUUAUAUUAGUAAUGACCUAGAACAAAAAGAUGAACAAUAUGGUACAUCAGCAGCAACCAAAGGGAUAAAUAGCAGUGAGCGAAGUCCUGCACUUGAGGAUAAGAGUAGCAAAAGUGAGAUUGUGGAAACUGUAACUUCUGGUGAAGAGGUAGAAACUCGCGCUUGCUUGGGAUUUGAGAUCUCACUAUGUGGAAAUGAACUUCAUGCGGGUAUGGGACGAGAUGCUUCGGCAGAAGUCUUUGAAGCAUACCGCAUAUCACAUGAGGAAUAUAAAAAUAAUGCAAUGUCAAUUAUUAAGAAUGCAAACCUAAUCAUCCGAUUUGGAGAGAGGUAUUUUCCAUGGGAAAAAGCUGCCCCUAUUGUUCUUGGAAUGGCUGCAUUUGGUUUAGAGUUAGAUGUUGAGCCCCAAGAUGCAAUCCGUGUUGAACAGAACGAGUCACCAAACUCAGAGAAUGAUGAUUCUACAGUCACUUCCACAUCCUCUGGCCGUAGAUGGAGGCUCUGGCCUAUUCCCUUUAGAAGGGUCAAAGCACUUGAGCAGAACCACAGCAAUUUAUCUACUGAGGAGGAAUUUGUCGAUACUGAAUCUACUCUACAAGAUUCACCAGCAGGUACUCCAGCAUCCGGUGGGAGGAUUGAAUCUCCCCAUAAGCAAUAUAUUAGGACUAAUGUUCCCAUUAGUGAGCAGAUAACUUCCUUAAAUCUGAAAGAUGGUCAGAAUAAGAUUACUUUCAGCUUCUCCACCAGGGUUCUGGGAACACAACAGGUUGAUGCUCAUAUAUACUUGUGGAAGUGGAAUGCAAAGAUUGUAAUAUCAGAUGUUGAUGGAACUAUCACCAAGUCUGACGUUUUAGGACAGUUUAUGCCUUUAGUUGGAAGGGAUUGGACACAAUCUGGUGUAGCUAAACUUUUCUCUGCCAUUAAGGAGAAUGGAUAUCAGCUACUAUUUCUGAGUGCACGUGCAAUUGUUCAGGCAUAUCUAACGAGAAGUUUUUUAAACAACCUGAAACAGGAUGGAAAAGCUUUACCAAAUGGACCUGUUGUUAUUUCUCCUGAUGGCUUGUUUCCCUCAUUGUACCGUGAAGUGAUAAGAAGAGCACCUCAUGAGUUCAAAAUAGCAUGUUUAGAGGAUAUCAAGAAACUUUUUCCCUCUGACCACAAUCCAUUUUAUGCGGGCUUUGGAAACAGAGACACGGAUGAGCUGAGCUAUAGAAAAAUCGGGAUCCCGAAGGGCAAGAUUUUUAUCAUCAACCCAAAGGGUGAGGUGGCUAUUAGUCAUUGUAUCGACGUGAAGUCGUAUACGUCAUUGCACACUCUCGUUAACGACAUGUUCACACCAACUUCAUUGGUCGAACAGGAAGAUUUUAACUCAUGGAAUUUUUGGAAAGUGCCAUUGCCGGAUAUUGAGUAACAGGCAGUAGCUAAAAGGGCACCAGCGAUCAAGCGUUCCACAUUCCGUUGAGAGAUUAUUGAUGCUUUAAACUUUGCCUUCUGCAGCCUUUAGUUACUGUAUUCAUUGGUGACCUUCAAAUAAUUGUAUGGAUUCAUAGAUAGUUGAAGCGAAUAAAAUCGAAAGUCAUUGCCUCCCCACAUAGCUGUUAUGUUCC